AUCAUAUUAUAUAUAUUGAAAUAUCAUUUGAGUUUAUCAUUUUACAAACAAACACCACAAUGUUUUCCCAAUUCACGUUACUCUUACUUCUACCUCUCGUCGUAAUCCAUCCCCUUCAUGUCUCGGCAAAGACAUGGUGUGUGGCAUCUGCAUCGGCGACAGAUGCACAACUACAAGCUAACAUUGAUUGGGCAUGCAACACUGAAAAAGUUGAUUGUGUAAAAAUAAACCCUGGUGGAGUUUGCUAUGAACCAAAUACUCUUACUAGUCAUGCAUCAUUUGUGAUGAAUGAGUAUUAUCGCUUGCAUGGGGAGACUGAAGAGGCUUGUGAUUUUAAUCAUAGUGGUCAAAUCAUUUAUGCUAAUCCAACUUAUCGUCGUUGUAGAUAUUCAUAGAAAUAAUAAAUGGUGACUGCAAAGUAUUAGGAAUAAUACAAUUAUGCUGAAUCAAAGUAUUCUUGAACA